AUCCUUUCUCAUUUUUCCCAUUCCCUAUACCAAAAAGGAAAAAAAAAAAAAAAGACUCCUCCUUUCAACAAAAUGGCAAAAGAAUCCCUUGGACUCGAGAUCACCGAGCUUCGUCUCGGUCUCCCUGGCAACGACGACAAAAAUGAGAAGAAACGAGUCUACGCUGACAUCGUCAAUGAGGAUGAGCCAGCCCGAGACGAUGUCGAGCAAAAGAAUAGCAUGACGAUUAAGGGACAAGUCGUGGGGUGGCCACCGGUAUGUUCAUAUCGAAAAAAGAAUAGUUUUGGAGAAAAAGAAUCGACAUUGCAUGAGAGUGAGAAUUCGAAAAUGUACGUGAAAAUUAGCAUGGAUGGAGCUCCAUUUCUUCGUAAACUUGACUUGGGUUCUCAUAAAGGCUACUCGGAUCUUGCCCUUGCUCUUCAAAAGCUCUUUGCUUGCUUUGGAACUGGGAAGACAUUAAAGCAUGGAGAAAGUUCUGAUUACGUUCCCAUUUAUGAGGACAAAGAUGGAGACUGGAUGCUUGUUGGAGACGUCCCCUGGGAGAUGUUUAUUGAAUCUUGCAAGAGGUUGAGGAUAAUGAAAAGAUGUGAAGCCAAAGGAUUCGCCCUACAAUUUAAGGAUCUAUAAGUAGAACAAGAAAAAAAAAAUGCUCCUAUAUUUCGGUUAAUUUUUAUAUUUGUAAUCUUUUUGCUUAAUUUUUAUGACUCUAUUUUGUUCAAAAAUAGACAUAAAAGUAAUUCAGAUAAUUAAUAUAGGACCUCUCUAUUAAUUUGUUUAGUUGAUUGUCAAUGUCACACAUGUGUGAUUCUGUUUUAGGAGGGACAUAUAUAAAAUUAGAUUAUAGUAAUAUAUGAAGUUUGUUUA